ACUUGGAGCAGUUAUAACACUGUAGUGACAUAGACAUCCCUACAAGCCUCUGUGUGUGUGUGUGAUAGAGAGAAACAAAGAAGAGAGAGAACGGCAUGUGCGAUCAUUUUCAAGAAGCAUCGAGUGUUUGAAGAAAAUAAUAAAUGUAUUCUCGCAUUAUGUUUUGGUCAUUAGAGAGUAUUACAAAAAUCUGCGCUGAUUGUUAAAUGACCAGGACAACUCGCCCCUGAUGUUAUGAUGCCUGGAGAUUGUGCCUUACCUCCCCUUGUCUUUAUCUCCACACGAGCAGGGAGACGUCUGCACGCGCACAUUUUUCUGAUACCCGAGUGUACCUGCAGUGUACACGUGAUAUUAUACUCGUGAUGUACGCUAUAUCGGCAAGCUCAUAUCUCUUAGUGACCACGUCAGCCUCUCAGUCUUUGAACUUACCUGAAGAAGUCAGAUUCUCACACUGAGCGAAAACACCAGUCACGUUCAUGUCAACCAUGUCUGAUAAACAACCGUCUGCUGCACAACAGGGAAAGCGCCGGAAAGGAGGAGGUGGACGAGAAAGUUUUAGAGGCGGUGACCGGGUCAAAGUUCACCUACACGCCGUGACCGAUGAGCAGGCUGCGCUACUUACAGUGAAUGCGCGUCCACUGGAAGAGGUAAAGAAGAAGACAGGCGCUGAUGUACACUUUGACCCCAACCCCUCACCUGUACCAGGUAUGAAGAUUCUCAUCAUCCGCGGUGUCCCAUCUCAGAUCGAGGUGGUCUUCAGACUCAUUAGGCUGAUGACUGGUAGUCAGGCAACACUCGCAGAAGAAGUUCAGACAUUCUGGCUCCAGUGGGUUGAGGCCGCGUACCCUGAUCUCGAAUCACGCGCCUACUUCCUGCCUCCUGUCUACUUCAACCGCGUGCCGAUGACCAGAGCGACAUUUGCUGGUCAGGAUGUCCAGGUACUAUUGCCUCAAAAGGGAGGUAGGUUGAAGCGUCUUGUAGAAAGGUUUGAAUCUUUACUGACGUCAGUCAAAACAAACGAGGAGCGCCAUGAAGAUGGUUCACAUUCAAACCAUCGAGUGAAGAGUCCACCAGAAGCUGCUGUGGCUUUUAUUUCUCAACUUGGCGCUGUCCAGGACAGUGACAUCAGAUACGACGCAGCCAUGAGGCAAGUUCUGUUCUGUCUUCAAAAGUUGUCUAGAAAGACAAGAGAAGUGUUAGUUGGAAUCACUCGACUCCACUUCGGACAAUAUCUGAGUGAACCUUGUUUUGCUGUGGCGGCUGCCCAGUUACCCCGAGCCUCCAGUCUGUCUCCUAACUUGCCACAGAGCUGGAAACAGGGAGAAUUUGAUGUUCUUCUUAUUCACCGACAUUACGGUCUUGUCGUCUGCAAUGUGAUUUCUUUCGGUGACAUCACAAACGACCUUAAAAUGUCACAGCAGGAUAUAGACAACAACAUAAGAAAGAAACUCAGAGACGCCGUGUCACAACUGAACAAGGCGGAGGCCAUGUUGUCUCACCUGGUGUCCGACAUCGCUCCCGGUCUGCGCAUCACUAAGACCAUCGCUUUCCCCAACCUCACGGCUGACCAGGUACAGCAGGCCAUCUUUCACGACUCCCAACUCACUGAGGACCUGCAUUGCUGUCUAAAAACAACUGACCCAGCUGACAUCGCUGAUGUGUGUCUGUGCUGUGAUCAGUUGUCUGACCCCAAGACCCCCUGUGACGUCAGUAGUCACGUGUUAAAGAAACUCGGCAAAUGGUGGACACGACGUGUGGCUGUGUCUGGGCGUGACAGUCACAUGACACGUCACGUGUACAGGACACUAGUAGCACGAUUCUGCGGUCCGGCGACAACAGUGAGUGUGCCAUGCACAUGUCCUCCACGUUGUACACAGUGUAACGCGUGUAGCUACAUCCUAUGUUACAGAAUCAAGAACUUUCAGACUUUGUGUGACAAGCUGUUGACACAAGUUCCUCGUCUUCAUCUGUGGGCGGCAAGUUGUUUCCAUGAACACGCACCCGCCGGCUGGCAAGUGGAAAAUUUUACCAGACCCCUUCGCUCUCCACCCGCCGUCAUCAGGGAAGUCGAGCGGGAAGUGUAUGUCUCUGGAUGCCGUGAUAUCCUGCCGUACAGAGAGCGAGGUGUACCCGACCACACAGAGGGCCCGCCAGUCAGACGACUGUAUCACCGAGGUCAGGGUCACUCAGGUCGCUUGCCAGGUGACUGCGUCACAUGCGGUCGUGAGGUGGCCAGCUUCCUUCACAGUCUCCGUGUUGGUGUUACAGAGAGUGGCACAACAACAUCUACAACAUUGACCUCUACCAGCGGCGGCACACCACCCUGUCUACAGUGGAGAGACGUGCUGGUGUUGUACUGGUAUGACGUUAGUGAUCAGUCGGGUGUGGUCACAGGACUGCAAGAAGCGGGUAUCCCAGUGCGGAUGAUGAAGGAUGAUGACAUCGAGGACGUGGCCACAGCCCGCAGUGACGUGGUGUGGGUGACGAAUGGACAUCGUGUUCGUGGUCUGGAGAGAAAAAUCGUCGUUUGUCUAGAGGACCCUGAUUAUUAUUCAUACACAUUUGAGGUGUUACAACGUUACAUUCCUUGCUCUGCUCGAGUAGACUACAUUUCACGCUGUACGUCACAACUUGUGAUAGUUUACUCUCACUAAACAAACAGAAGAUGACUGACAAUCACGCACCUGUCACCUGUUCUGGUCGUGUAUCUGUCUCUCUUAUAUAAACACUUCAGUGUUUCUCCUCUUCUUCUCUCAGUCUAUCACUACGUCAUCCCCUUAUGACGUCAUUACAUUUUAACAAAACAAUACGUCCCUGUCUUUGUUUAGACAAAAACAAGUGUCAACAUAAACUCUAUACGAUGUACACUAUGUGUCCUGUUUAAACAAUAACAGAGUGAACCUUUGUAUUUUUUUAAUUUUAUUAGAAUAAUAUUUAGAAAUAAAUUAUUUGGAAUAUAUCUUACAUCAUGUUUGUCUGUUACAGAGGUGCAUGUGUGAGUGUGUGGUGUCAUAUCCGUGAGUGUGUCAGUCUACACGUGUGAUAUCUGUGUCAGUGUGCAACU